AUGCCUUCCUUCCUUGGCUUAAAGUGUCUGGGGAGACUGUGCCUCUCUGAGAAAAGCAAAGUCGCUUCAUCUGAGAGAAGCAAUACCAGGGGCUCUUUCAGAAGGAGACUGAUUGUCCAGGACCUGAGUGUCCCUGGGAUGCCCUACUCUGCUCACAGGCAAGCCACCAUUGCCUAUUUGUUGUUUCUGUAUCCCAAGGACCGUGGCCCACCUGAGCACGGGUUGAACAGCUGUGAUCCUUUUGUGGCCCACCCGCAGGACCCUCACCACCCAUCAGAGAAGCCUGUCAUUCACUGCCAUAAAUGUGGGGAGCCGUGCAAGGGCGAAGUGCUCCGGGUCCAGACCAGACAUUUCCACAUCAAAUGUUUUACCUGCAAAGUGUGUGGCUGUGACCUGGCCCAAGGGGGCUUCUUCAUAAAGAACGGGGAGUACCUCUGCACCCUGGACUACCAGCGGAUGUACGGGACACGCUGCCAUGGCUGUGGGGAGUUCGUGGAGGGCGAGGUGGUGACUGCCCUGGGCAAGACCUACCAUCCCAACUGCUUUGCUUGUACAAUCUGCAAGCGCCCGUUUCCGCCUGGAGAUCGAGUCACGUUCAAUGGGAGAGACUGCCUUUGUCAACUGUGUGCACAGCCGAUGUCUUCCAGCCCCAGUGAAGCCACCUGCUCCGGCAACUGCGCUGGCUGCGGAAGAGACAUCAAGAAUGGGCAGGCGCUGUUGGCGCUAGACAAGCAGUGGCACUUGGGGUGCUUCAAAUGCAAGUCCUGCGGGAAGGUCCUCACUGGGGAGUACAUCAGCAAAGAUGGUGCUCCAUACUGUGAAAAGGACUACCAGGGGCUCUUUGGUGUGAAAUGUGAAGCUUGUCAACAGUUUAUCACAGGGAAAGUCCUGGAGGCAGGUGACAAACAUUAUCACCCCAGCUGUGCACGAUGCAGCAGAUGCAACCAGAUGUUCACAGAAGGAGAAGAGAUGUAUCUUCAAGGGUCCACCGUUUGGCAUCCCGACUGUAAGCAAUCUACCAAGACAGAGGAAAAACUGCGGCCACCAAACAUCUACCGCUCUUCCUCUGAUUUCUUUUAUCCCAAAAGUCUGAUUCGCCGCACAGGACGGACUCCAUCUCUGCAGCAGUUGGCACCACCCCGUCUGAACACCAACCAAAGCCCAAGUCAGCCGACCAGGACCUCUUCAGAAAGUAUUUAUUCCAGACCAGGAUCCAGCAUCCCUGGCUCACCAGGUCACACUAUCUAUGCAAAAGUAGACAACGAAAUCCUGGAUUACAAGGAUUUAGCCGCCAUCCCCAAGGUCAAGGCAAUUUAUGACAUUGAACGUCCUGAUCUCAUUACCUAUGAGCCUUUCUACACCUCGGGCUAUGAUGACAAGCAGGAGAGACAGAGCCUUGGAGAGUCUCCAAGGACUUUGUCUCCUACUCCAUCAGCAGAAGGCUACCAGGACAUUCGGGAUCGGGUGAUCCAUCGAUCCACCAGCCAGGGCUCCAUCAACUCCCCUGUAUACAGCCGCCACAGUUACACUCCAACCACUUCGCGCUCUCCCCAGCAUUUCCACAGACCUGAGCUUUUGUCUCCUGGUGUGCAGAGGGUGUCCCACCCGCGCACCAGCAGUUUCAGCUCCACCCACAGCGACUCCCGCCCCAACCCCCCCUUCCGACACCACUUCCUUCCCCAUGUCAAAGGCAAUGAGCCGUCCAGCGGCCGGAACUCCCCUCUCCCUUACCGGCCCGACAGCCGCCCUCUAACUCCAACUUACGCUCAGGCCCCUAAACAUUUCCAUGUUCCAGAUCAAGGGAUCAACAUUUACCGAAAACCACCCAUCUACAAACAGCAUGCUGCUUUGGCAGCCCAGAGCAAGUCCUCAGAAGAUAUCAUCAAGUUUUCCAAGUUCCCAGCAGCCCAGGCGCCAGACCCCAGCGAGAUACCAAAGAUUGAGACAGACCACUGGCCUGGUCCCCCCUCACUUGCCGCCGUAGGAACUGACAUGAGACGCAGAUCUAGUGGCAGAGAGGAAGAUGAGGAGGAACUCCUGAGACGCCGGCAGCUUCAAGAAGAGCAGUUAAUGAAGCUUAAUUCAGGCCUAGGGCAGUUGAUACUGAAGGAAGAGAUGGAGAAGGAGAGCCGGGAGAGAGCAUCCUUGUUAGCCAGCCGCUACGAUUCUCCUGUCCACUCAGCUUCCUAUGCUCCAUCAUCUAAAACCUCAUCUCUUCCUGGCUAUGGAAAAAACGGGCUUCACCGGCCUGUUUCCACAGACUUUGCUCAGUAUGACAGCUACGGAGAUGUCAGCGGGGGAGUGCGAGAUUACCAGACCCUCCCGGAUGGCCACAUGCCUGCAAUGAGAAUGGACCGGGGCGUGUCCAUGCCCAACAUGUUGGAACCAAAGAUAUUUCCAUAUGAAAUGCUCAUGGUGACCAACAGAGGGCGCAACAAAAUCCUAAGAGAUGUGGACAGAACCCGGCUGGAGCGCCACUUGGCCCCGGAAGUGUUUCGGGAAAUCUUUGGGAUGUCCAUACAGGAGUUUGACAAGUUACCUCUUUGGAGACGCAACGACAUGAAGAAAAAAGCAAGACUCUUCUAAGUCCCACACAUAAACGGCAGUUAGAAAAAGGACUGGCAGCGGGGCAAGGCUUACCGUGUUACACUAAGGCCCAGACUUGAUUGGAGAAUUUAUAGACUGCCAUCCCUCAGCCACGACAAAAAGGGAAAUUCUGGUCCCAACACCCAUGAGCCAAACACUGGGCCAACCCACAGUAACACUUGCCAAGCAGCCAUGGGUAGAAAUUUCUAUGUUUCCAAAAUCAGCAGUAGUGUCCACAUGUGACCUUUUCUCAUGACCUCGUGUCCACAACAGGAGCUUCUUUCUUUCUCCUUCUGUUUUCCUUUAACUGUUGUCCACCCUAGUGCUGACUGUAGUGGUAAGAGCCAGCAAGUGCCCUUAGAAUGCCGCACAGCAAGAAACAGUUGUACUAAUUCCAAAGGAUGAAUAUAUUUAUUACGUAGCACUGUGCUAAGCAGGAGUCUGAGGAACGGGGCCAUGUGGUAGCAGCAGUUGUGCGCAGCUUUUCCUUGCCAGCCUCUAGAAGCUCUGUCUGGGCUCUGGCAAGAACAGAAAUCAGGGAACCAGGCAGGUCUGAUCGAGUCUGAAUAUCAGCAAAAAGUGAUUUUUAACAAGCUCCUUAUUCUCUUUGUUUGCUGGGACCUGGUUGGCAAAUUGCUUAGCCAUUACUAGAAUUUUUUGAAAGAGGAAAGAAAGGAAAAGGAAAAGGAAUGAAGGAAACCCUCCCUGAACUCUUUUUCUGCUUCAAAUAGUGUAAUGAUUCUUGCUUCUCACCAAGGACAGGAGGUGGCCUGGGCUCCACCUUCACAAAGAAAGGAAAGACAAGAAUUGUCUUCUGACUGGCCCAGUUGCAUGCAGCGAGGUGAUUUUUGUCCAUGGGUCAUAUCCCUCUUAGCAAAAACAAAAACAAAAACAAAAAAAUCCAUGUUCUGCCCCAAAUGCAACUUCUCAUGCUCAGUGUCCCCUAUAAACCGUCUGGCAUCCUCUGAAUCCAAUCAAACCCAUGCUGAUUUUGCUUUUUAAGGUCUUUUCAGUAGUAAGUUAAGGAAAGGCAUGUUUUCCUCUUAAAUAUCUGCAACUCCAAAGUAGAUUACAUCCAAUCAAUUUAAUUUGGCCUUCUCAGCUUUCCUUGUUGUUUGGCACUGUUAACUUCAGUGUGAGUGUGUGCACGUGCGUGCCUGUGCGUGGAUGCACGCUUAACUCACCCAGGGCAGUUCUGUGAGUCUGCAUGUGCUUUUUAAUUUCUGCUUGAAUGUUUGUCACACUGCGCUGCUGCUUCUAAGGGAUAUUUGGUACAAGUGCAUGUGACUCAAAGAUCAAGAGUGAGGCUAAGCUGUGCCCUCAACAUUGCCUCCUUCAUGGGUGAGUGUUGGUGCUUAGAAGCCAGCACUCAGGCUAAGGUAGCUCAUGGGGCUGCAGACCACGCAGGUGGGAAGGGCUGGUUUGGAGCUCAAAGCAUCCUGCCAGGGUCCUCAUACUCUGCAACUGUCAAUUCAAAUUGGAGCCUAGCCUCAGCACAAUGUUUGGCCUGCUUCUUGCUUUGCCCUGGCAGAGUAUAGGGGUGGGACUGUGGUAUAUUUGUAGUGUCUCCCUACCAGUCAUUAACAGUGGUGACCAAGUGGAUCCCAGCACUCAGCUGGUGGAGAGACUAGUGGAGUCAAUGAAAGACCCACCAUGUCUGUCAUUGAUAAUGAGUCAUCACUCAUGAACAUUCAGGUCAAGUGCCAGUAUGAGAAAAGGUAUUUGGAAACCUGGGCACAAUUAGGUGGUUUUCUAUAUUUUCCAUCUCUUGGUCCACAUGAAAGAGGGCUUGGCUCUGUCAUGAAAGAGGGAAAUUAGACUCCUCCUCUUUAUGUUAGAGACCCAGAGUCAAAGGCCCUACAGUUGCAAUAAUUAAAAAACUGAACCCUAAAUUCUGCUCCCAGUAGUGACACCCUGCUCUUUUGUAAUUGCUGAAUUCAGUUCUGCAUCCAACUUGAAAAACAGAAAGCUUCUUUCCAUACCAAGCAUACUAAUUCACUUAAAGUGUACCCUUCAAAGAUAAAUUACUAGAAAAUAACAGUAGCCUCUUGCCUGUCCUUGGCUACUAGAAACCCUUGGAGUAGCUCCUCUACACCAUUCCCUAGCAGAAGGUUCCAGAUGGAAAGAUGGCUUGGGGGCAGCCUAGUUCUAACUGCCAGAUCUGCUGUGAGGGCUACAAUGCCUUAUCCAUUUUUGUUAAACUGGGUGCAGCAUGCCUGAUCUUGAAGUGUCCAGGACACAGACAAUAGAUGGAUGUUCUCCAUUUAACCCUGUGCUGGACCGCACGGGAAAAUUCCAACUGCUAACACAAAGUUCAUCUCUAGAAAAGGAAUUAUAUACCUGGCAAGCUUGGUGCAUAUCUUAAGGGCUACUUUUUUGAGCAUUUGACUUGUGACUUUGAAGCGCAUACUGAUUGCACGAAGUAGAAGAGGUCUCUAUGACAAUAUGAGUCAGUGCUUCCUUUAAAAUUUCUUCCAGAGAGCUCAGGCCAUCACAAAGUCUUCCUGUGUGAUUUAUUAGGAGAUUUGAAGAGCAGUUGGAAACAUAUACAGCUAGCCAUGCAUCUCCAUUUUGGUUUGGGGUUUGUUAUUAAAUGUUUUUAACGUGACUUCUUCAAUAACUAAACAUAAGCUGCCUGUUCUCUGAAAUCUCAGAGAGAGAAACUAGAAUUAAUGAGUAUCAAGGUGCAGGGAUGGGGGUGAUUUUCUACCUGUACUCUCUGUUCUCCCCUGACCCGAAAUCCAGGGCCUCCCAGCUGAGGCUCCUCUUCUGAAGCACAGGCUGUUGUAGUUCUGUUUUCAACCUUGGUCUCCUCCAUCUCAGCCUGGGAAAGCCCAGCUGGUAACAUUUCUAAAACUCUCACCUAAUAUUUUUACACUUUGAAGCAGACAUCUUUUCCUAAGAAUUGCUUCUGAGAUGAUGAUAUAAAAUAUAUGUGCUUUCGCAAAUUUAAAAGAGUUUAAAUUAACCACUCUCGACUAAGUAAGUCUCUCUAACGAUUGUGUACAGCAGAUUUGGUGUGGUUCUGGGGCGUGCGGCAGGGGCAGGGACAGUUCCAGGUUGUGCCCUAACAGAUCCCUGCUUCUGAUUGUCCUGAAAGAUGGUGGAAGGGAAUGAACUCUGUCCCAUCAACCCUUCUGUGUCCUCUGAAGCAAGCACAGAUUUAUAAAUCACUUCAUUUGUAUUUCUGGUAGCUAUUUAAUCUGUACUUCAUAUUGCCAGCCCUGAUUUUAUUUUAUUUUUAAAGUUAUUCUUCUUCUGAUGAACCAAGUGUUGGUAUACCUUUAAACUUGCUCUUUCAGGCUCCCUUUGGAAGAACCUUCCAGAAAAAAGAUCACUUAGGGCUUGAGAUUUGCAAUGAUACCAUCUAACAAUGACAAUGUGCACUAAGUAGAUUCCCCAACAACCCUGUGAUGGGAGAAAGAGAAAGCUAUACUUUGGCAUUAAAAAAAAAAAAAAAGUCAUUAUCCUUCCAUUUGCUGCCCAGUAAGCAGAGAGAGAUGGUAAUGGAUGUGUUCAGCAUAUAGAUUAUUAAUUGAUGGUAAACCCAAAAAGAAAGAGGGUGUUUGUCAGUUUAAAUGGAAACUUUCUAAGCAGUGAAUGUGUGCACAAUAAAAUUCAAAGUUUUCUGCAGCUUCGUAUAACUGAAUGGUGGUUGUGAUCAUCAAACAGAAUUCUCCCACACCUCUUGGAAGAGCAGAGUGCCCAUGAAUAACUUCCUGAGCCCUCUGAUGGAAGGUGGAAGGAUAGGGCGUUACCAUUCUGAAGGGGUGGAAACGCACCCUCUCCUGGCUAGCUAUGUCUCUGUCCCUUAUGGAGGGAGAUAGUCGUCCACAGACUGGUGUUCUUUGGGGGUUUGGCGUGUAUACAGUCUUGUGAUAAAUGUGAGUUGUGUCCGUGUGUUACUGAGGGCCCUGCAUAGAGGCUCUCAAGGUUCUUCAUUUUAAGCUGGGUUUGUGGCUUUUUAUCAACUGGUGAAAGGCAUCAGCUCUUCCUGUCUUCCCUCUCCUUUCGGAAAUACAAAAGCAGAUGUUUAGAAGGAACGUCUUGAGAUGCUGUGUUGUGUUCCCCGUGAAAGUGAGGUGGGUGUGCGUGUGCACCCGAGUACCUCGUGCUUGUGUGCACAGGAGGGGGGCUGGCCUGUCCCGUGUUGAUGAGCUGCGCAGUCCCCACCUGCUCCAUGCUCCUGUUGCGAGCAGCACUUCCACGCUCCCUCGCCACUCCACCCCGCAUCCUGCUGUACCACAGCUCGUGAAUAAAGCCGUGUGCUUCCUUCCUAA